UAUGUCUCUUAUGUCUUAUGUCUUAACGUUAGACACUGACACGACAUCACCGUGACUUUAACUUUUUGAAAUUAAAGUUAUGGCAACAUGUUUGUGUUUGUGUUAGACACUCACAGAACAUCAACACAUGUCAAUCACAUGUCUCUUACGUUUUAAAAUGUUAUACACCGACAAAACAUCAAACACAUAGUUACGUUAGACAUUGACCGAACAUCAAUACAUGAGCUGUGUAACGUGUUUAUGUUAGACACUGACACGACAUCAACAGAUAAAGUACUUGAAUUUCACGAAAUUAAAGUCGAAGGUGACGUGGUUGUGUUACUGCUUAAGAGAAAGUUUGAGCGGUUCAAUUGGUUAAAGAGAAAAAAGUAGUGGGAAGUGAAGGAGAGACAGAAAAGUGAAAGAUACAGACACAGAAAAAGGGGGCCAAAGUAGGAUAUUUUGGGUAUAAAAUUAAAUACUGAAAGAAGCAAAGGGUAAGAGUUAGAGGGUGACAAUUUAAUGCUGUAACAUACCCUAUUGGUUUGAAGGGUAUUGAACGGUAGGGUAGGGGCCUGUUUGGUGCUUUGUAUUUUCAUUUUGUAACGCAUUUAUUGCAGAAAACAGAAGGUGGAGGGUGGAAGAAAGAAAGAAGAGGUGGUGGGUUUAGAGAGAGAAAAGGGUGUUACAGUUGACCAUAAUGAAGCUUAUAUAAUUACAACAACUCAUCCAUUAUCUCAUACUAUAUACUCUCUCUUCGGUUGCUUUUAUUUUCAGUAUUCAUUUUUAUUUAAUUCCAUUUAUAUAUUCUUUUAUUUUCAUUCUUAUAACCAUUCAAUUCAAUUUAUGAAACACAGUUACCAACUUGACCAGAAACUCCUGCUUUCUCUUCGUCUCUAGCUUUGGACUUUGGUUCUUGUUGAAUAUUGUAUGAUCAGAUUAGUCUCUUUGAUUGAAAGUAAACAAAAUAGCGUUGGUUGUUGCGAUUUGGAAAAUUCACACAUGUAUUCGAAUAUAAGUACUUCAUGAAACUAGAAAGUGAACUAUCUUUCCGCCAUUCUAAAAUGGGCGUCGAGUUGGAAUCUCAAUCGCUUGAAUUUAAUGAUAGUGAUCAAAACUCGCCUAGCUUCAAAUCGUGGAACCAGAAGGCAAAGGAAUAUGACAACAAAGACUCGAAGAAUGUGAAGAAGAACGAACAGGAUUUUGAUUCAUCACCAAAAGAUGAAUUUUACGACAGCAUUGUUGAUUUGAAAAGGGGUUACGAAGCACAGGUAAUGGACACACAUGAGCCUGUAUCUCAUUCUUCGAAGGAUAUUGGAUCAUUUAUGAUGUUUGCAAAUGAUAAAGAAUCGGUUAAAAAGUCUGUCGCUGCGCCAAUCUCCAAUCCUCAGCAAGUCGAUAAAUUUCAGAAUCCGGUAGAUGUCUUUGUGGACCGAACUGCUGCCGAAUGUGAACCAGAAACGGAAGUUUGUUACAAAGAGAAUAGUUACCAUGUUGUGAAGGAUAUAUGUGUUGAUAAAGGAGUCUUUACUAAGCAUAAAUUCAUGUUCGAGGAAAGUGUUGAUGGAGCCGCUUAUAAUUUCUUUCCUUUGGAGAGUUUUGAUGAUACCCAAAAUCCAAAAGACAACACUGGUAUCAAGGUUUUAAAUCAAGAAACUGAUGAUUCUGACGAGGCAUCUUCUAAUCAUGAUCAGCACAAUGAUGUGGUUCACAAAGAUGACGGUGAGAUUGAAGAACUUGUUGAUAACUUCACCAAAGCAAUGGGUUUACGUGAACACGUACAAGAUUCUGUACCGACUGGUGGCAAGGAUGAACAGCUUUCCGUUGAACAUGAUUCGCACUCCCAGUUGAAAAACUCGAGUAAUAUGAUUGAGGAAGAAGUAUUGGCAAGUCCCGCAUUAGGAUUAACCAUUGAUGAACCGGACAGUGAUUAUCAUUCUGGGCCUUCAGCUCCUGUGGACUGUGUCAAAAAGGAACUUCACCAAUUUGGUGGCUGUAACUGCGAUGAAACUCAACUUCCUUUUACCACUGUUGAAGGUUCGUCCGGUGAUUUUUCUGAAAUUCAACCUGCUGAAACAAGUCAGAUUCGAAGUGACUUAGGCGAGUCAAGUUUUUCUGCCGCAGGCGCAGUAUCAGGCCGUAUAAGCUACUCAGGGUCCAUACCUUAUUCUGGAAGCAUCUCUAUUCGAUCCGACAGUAGCACUACCAGCACGCGGUCCUUUGCGUUUCCCAUACUGCAACCUGAGUGGAAUAGCAGCCCAGUGAGAAUGGAGAAACCUGACAGGAGCCGCUACCGGAAGCAACGCAAUUGGAAGACUAGCCUUCUCUGCUGUAAAUUUUAAGAGAUUAUUAUUUUCUCAUAUAAUAGGUUUAGCUUAAAAUUUAUAUAUACCCUUUAAAUUAUAGUUGUUCACAGUGUGCAAUAGGUUUAGUUUGCCUACUGCAUAUUCAAUCACAGUGUGCAAUAGGUUUAGUUGGCCUACUGCAUAUUCAAUUCUCCAUUGUCGUCGUGAUUUCGAGUCAAUGAUCUUAUAUCUCUGCUGCAAGCAAAAUGUAUUGAUUUUAGUUUUGCUUGUAUCUGAUCAACAUUCCAUCUUUGGUUAUACAUGGUUUUAUUGAUUUUUUUA